AUGAUACUGUCUCCUCAAGUCUUCCUGAUCCUCUUGUUGGCGGUUAGUAAAACUAGUGGUUCCCGAUCCGAACAGACGACGAAUGAACUGAAGUCGAAGAAGGGCGUAUCUGACUCGGAGGUGGUGGUGGCAGCAGCGGUGCCUACGGAAGAAAAGGGACAACUGCCUAGUUUCGUACGCGAAGACGCUGCAAUGAAGAUCAUCGACAAUAACGACGACGACGACGACGACGAUGAUGUAGACGUUGGCUUAGGGGGUGUGGGUGUGGAGGGAGUUGAAGAGGACGGACGUACUUUAUUGCAAAGCAAUUUUCUUCCUGACAGGUAA